UCAGUUCCCAGGACAACCCGGGCUCGGAGCGGAAGCAAGAGCCUGUCUGCCGCGGGAACCUGGAGCGGGCGUCACGGGAACUUGCGGUGGACCAGCGGUCCGCGGGUGGACUCUGCCCACCUCCUCACCCUGUGCCACCCACCAUGAAGGACUCACUGGUGCUGCUGAGCCGUGUUGCGGCGCAUCCCGACUCCCGUUGCUGGUUCCUGGCCUGGAACCCCGCCGGAACCCUGCUGGCCUCGUGCGGUGGCGACCGUCGAAUCCGUAUCUGGGGCACCGAGGGUGACAGCUGGGUCUGCAAGUCUGUGCUUUCCGAAGGCCAUCAGCGCACAGUCCGAAAGGUGGCCUGGUCUCCCUGUGGGAAUUACCUAGCAUCUGCCAGCUUUGAUGCAACCACUUGCAUCUGGAAGAAGCACCAGGAUGACUUCGAGUGUGUAACCACUCUGGAGGGCCAUGAAAAUGAGGUCAAGUCCGUGGCAUGGGCCCCAUCUGGCAACCUUUUGGCCACCUGCAGCCGAGAUAAGAGCGUGUGGGUCUGGGAAGUUGAUGAAGAAGAUGAGUAUGAAUGUGUCAGUGUCCUCAACUCCCAUACUCAGGAUGUCAAGCAUGUGGUUUGGCACCCGAGCCAGGAGCUAUUGGCCUCUGCCAGCUAUGAUGACACAGUGAAGCUGUACCGGGAAGAAGAUGAUGACUGGGUAUGCUUUGCCACACUCGAGGGCCACGAAUCCACUGUGUGGAGCUUGGCCUUUGAUCCUAGUGGCCAGCGCCUGGCGUCCUGCAGUGAUGACCGUACUGUGCGCAUCUGGCGCCAGUAUCUACCAGGCAACGAACAAGGGGUGGCAUGCAGUGGCUCUGACCCCACCUGGAAAUGCAUCUGCACUUUGUCGGGCUUCCACUCCAGGACCAUUUAUGAUGUUUCUUGGUGUCAGCUGACGGGUGCCCUGGCUACCGCAUGUGGGGAUGACGCCAUCCGCGUGUUUGAGGAGGACCCUAGCUCAGACCCGCAGCAGCCCACCUUUUCUCUGACUGCCCACUUGCGCCAGGCCCAUUCCCAGGACGUCAACUGUGUCACCUGGAACCCCAAGGAGCCAGGGCUCCUGGCUUCCUGCAGUGAUGACGGGGAGGUGGCCUUCUGGAAGUAUCACCGGCCCUAAGGACCCUGAGCCACCUUGAUGGGAGCAUCCUGGUUUCCCAGAAAUGUUCUGAUCUUCCCCAGCCUGAGAAGAUGUGGAGAAGCAUCCUUACCUUCAGCUUGGCUCACUCCAGUCUAGACUUGGCCACCCGCAUGCGUUGCCAGGGCCACUUGCCUAUUGACAUGAGGGCCCUGUAGAGCCUCACUUCAGUACACUGUCCCCCCAGAGAUUCGCUUGCUCACUAAUGGCGCUGUACUUUGGGGCAGAGAACAUAGGAUUGGACCGCUCUAUGUAUGUAGGAGAGUAUGUCUCAGUUGUUUCUGAAAUUGUAGGCUGUAUGGAAAUAAUCCCUCUGAAUCCAAAGUUCUGUCAAUAGACAGUGUUUGGGAAUUCCAUCACAAAUUGUCUGAAGAUCUUCCCAGUUCUUUAGAUAAAUCCUUGUAUGUAAGACA